UUCUAAUGUGUAUAUAGUUCAGUGCGUUUUAUCUUUGUGUGUGUGAUAUUCCUUAUCAGAAGUUGUAAAAAUAUUAUCAGCUAAAAGGUGCCUUUUAUAAUAACUUGCUUUUAUAUAAAAGUAAAGAAUCUUUUUAUUAGUACAAAAUUGCUUCCAUCCUGUUCUUAAAAUUACCGUGCAAUAGUGACAACUGACGUUUCUUUUAUUUUUUUUAAUAAAUACUGUUGGAAUUCAUUGAGUAAUAAUCAUGCCUGAGCGAGUAAAUGCUAUACACAAAUAUUAUACUGAUCUAGAAUAUGAUAAGAAAUGGAAUAAUGAUGUUUUUAUAAAUGUUUCUACUUUAUCUGAGGAAAUGACAUUUGAAGAUGUCAAUGAUUUCGCAGAGAGAUUUCUUAAAGCAGCAUCUGUAAUAGAAAAAAAUUUGUCUGAUUUUAAAUCUCGCUGUUCACAUGUAGACGAUGUCACUACUAUUAUUGAAUAUUUAACUAAUUUUGGUAUGCAAUUUGUUUUUGGCAACUUUUUUGAUAAAGAAUACACAAGUCAUGAUGUAGUUUUAUCAGUAAUGCUUACAUUAUUCAGUAUGUGUUCAGAUCCUGAAGUGCAGUUAUUUUUGAAAAAUGCAAUCAUCAAAAAUUCGACAUUGAAUUCGACAGAUGCAUUUGACAAGUUUGACAAUAUAUUUUUAAGUCAUUGCAUUAAUGAAAUGAUACUAUUCAAAGAUUCAGAUUUGUAUGCAGCUAUCAGCUACUUGAGAAUUAAAAGUGCCAAGAAUUGUCUAAAUGACAUAAUUUGGAUCCAUAGAUCGAUACAAGAAAAGGCUUUGUGGCUUAUAGAGAAAUAUUUUAAGAAUCAAAAUAUUCCUAUUCAUAUUUUUAGUGGAUCAUGCCAACCCACAGAAAAAUUGCUUACACCCACUAUAUCUAAUGUAACAAGCAUGAUAUCCUUAUGGUCAGAAAAUCUUGCAACUGCAAAGAAUGUAGCGGCAUUAUUAAAUAAAGACGUUGUAUUUAUAAAUACAUAUAUGGAUUUCUCUGGUGGUGUCGUGCUUUUGCCUUAUGUAAAAAUAUUUAGCAGAACAUUGCCAUAUAAAUGUAGCCUUGGUAUCUGUCCAUUGAAAUCAGAUGCAUACUCAACUAAUGAUAUAUUUAGAAAUCUAUUCUACGAUGGCACAUGGCAACAACCUGUAAAAGGAACAUACUGGAUAUAUGACAAUCAUGGUACAUACAACGAACUGUGGGCAAACGCAACAAGCGAUGACAUCAAUAGAUGCAUUAAUUCAGCUGAGAAAGGAUUUAAAAUUUGGAGCGCCAAGUCUACUGAAGCAAGAAUGCAAAUAUUAUUAAAAUUUGUAUCCCUGUUAGAAUGCAAUCGCAAAUUUCUAUUGGCAAAUAAAGUGUUAAAAUUGGUGAAAUUCUUAUGCACUUAUGAGAAAUCUUUAUCUUGCACUCAAAAUGGAAGAUUAGAAGUAACAAGAAUUCGUAAGCCCAGAGGCGUUAUUGUUAUUAAAGAAUUAGACGAAAAUGUUUUGCUUUAUCGCGUGAUAGCAAGUUUAUUUGCUGGCAAUUCUGUCAUUGUGAUAUGUGGUAUUCAAGCCUGUAGUCUAAUAUGUAAUCUGUCAUAUUGUGACUUGUUUUCAAUGUCUAAUGUGCCACCAGGCGUUGUAAAUUUGUUGUCCAAUGAAAACACAAAGACUUUGGAAUCAAUCUUAUGCAAAAAAGACUAUGAAAGUUAUGCAAAACAGUUUUUCACAGAAGAUGAUUUGUCGACAUUUACGAAUCUUACUUUACCCAAACAAAUUAUAUUCUCUUUUAAGUAAGUAUAAUGAUAUAUGUGCAUCUAUUGUGUACAGAUUAAGUAAUUGCAUGGACGUGGAUAUACAUGCACAAAUAUAAACAUUAAACAUUUUAAACAUUUUAAACAUGCAUUUAUUUUUAUAUUAUAAUUUUACAAUUUCUGUCAUUCGUCAAUUGUUUGAAACAAAGCGGGUGACAUGAACGCAUAAUUCACUGAAAGAUUAUAAAAGAUUAAAAAUAUAUAUUUCGUAUUUUCACUCUCGUAAGUAGUGCAGGUGGUUAAAAAAUUUAAUGGCAAUGCAUCUGUCAUCAAAAUAUUUUACAUUGUCGCAACCUAUUCACGCUGUUUAAGCAAUAAUAUAUUUUCGUAUACACAUUCUUUUUGUAAUUAAAAAAAAUACAUUUGUUAUAAUCUUUUCACCUAAAACUCUUUCGUGAAUUGUACUAUACAUUUCAUUGGCAAUUCCGUUCACUGUAGAUAUAACAUUUGUGAAAUAAAUGAAGUGAAGCCUUAA